AUGUCUCUCACCGUGUUCAUGGGACUCUUGGCGCAUUAUACCGACUUAAGAAUUUUCUCCCGUCCAAUACAAAGGCUGCCCUCGUGCAGGCCCUUGUUCACCCCCUUUUUGAUUAUGCAGAUUUUUGUCUCUCUAUGUAGGAAAUUAAGAAUUGUAAACACUCUCUCUGCAAUUCUAUACGAUCCACGCGCGCCUACGUGUCUGAUAUCUAGGCUUCAGUACUUGGGUGCCUCUCAUCAAAAACAACUUCGCUCCACUUCCAAUCUGGUACUCCAGACCCCUUCUCAUCAUUCUAUGUUUGUGUCCAAAUCUUUUUCUCUUACUGCUAUACGGCUGUGGAAUGCACUACCUCUGGACGUACGAAAUGCUCCGAAUAGUAGUCAAGAUGUGGAAGAAUGCACAAAGAAUCAAUCAACCACCGGACCAAUUUUGGGUAUACCUAAGCCUCUGGUUUACAACAGUCCUGAAGAUGCACCAUCGAUCGAUGCCAAAUCUUUUUGGAAGGCUUUCAGCAGUCCUCAGAGGUAUAACCCGGUCACAGAGAAUGAAUAUCAUCUUAUCACUAGAAAUAUUAAGAAAUAUUGUAUUGCAUUUGCAAGCGUAAGUGCCUUAAGUUCACGGCCCCUUUGGAAAAGAAGCACGAUAUCAUCGCACCUACAAAAAUUCUUGCAACCAAUAGGUUGUUUUUUAGAAAUAUCUAAUACACAAAGUGAUCUUAACUUUUUGGAAAUAGCCAACCCUUCAGUCAGCCAGCCGAUAGUACAAGGUCUCCCGAAUACUCUGACUCUGUCUAACUACAGCGCAUUGAAGAAGACAGUAAUAGUCAUACACGGUAUGGGUGAAAAUGCUGUGUCUCACUUCAACCGAGUUAUCACACCGGCUUUACUUACAAAUUCUGACGUGAAUGUCAUAAAUGUGGACUGGAGUGCUGGAGCAGUUGGAGCACAAGGAGAUGCAGACGUCAUUAAUAGGGCUAUAUUAUCAGGACAAGCGGUGGGCAACUUCAUCAACUGGCUGAUGUCUCAGACGGGACAGACCGCGAAUGACAUUAUCAUCGUCGGCUUCAGUCUCGGCGGACUCCAGUCCGGAGUGGUCGGCAGGACCGUUCAGGGAUCUGUGUCUUACAUCGUGGACGUGUGUAUGGGUGGUGAUGUAGCGCUCGACCUGCUGCACAAACCGGGAGAGAUUCAGGGCGGAUUCCAGCCGAACGACGGCGCGUACACGGAAGCCAUCCGCAACACCGUCAGCACCAUGGGGGAGCAGCCCGCCGCGCAGGUUGACUUCUACAUGAACGGCGGCGAUCACCAGCCCGGCUGCGGGAACGCCUUUGGCUGCAACCACUACAAACAUGUAACCUGCCCGGACAACUGCGUAUGGGCGGACUGUUGCCCAAGACCGGGUAUGUGUAUAAACACGCGCACGCACACGCACACGCACACGUACACGCACACGCACACGCACACGCACACGCACACGCACACGCACACGCACACGCACACGCACACGCACACGCACACGCACACGCACACGCACACGCACACGCACACGCACACGCACACGCACACGCACACGCACACGCACACGCACACGCACACGCACACGCACACGCACACGCACACGCACACGCACACGCACACGCACACGCACACGCACACGCACACGCACACGCACACGCACACGCACACGCACACGCACACGCACUCGCACACGCACACGCACACGCACACGCACACGCACCCGCACCCGCACACGCACACGCACCCGCACACGCACACGCACACGCACACGCACACGCACACGCACACGCACACGCACACGCACACGCACACGCACACGCACACGCACACGCACACGCACACGCACACGCACACGCACACGCACACGCACACGCACACGCACACGCACACGCACACGCACACGCACACGCACACGCACACGAACACGCACACGAACACGCACACGCACACGCACACGCACACGCACACGCACACGCACACGAACACGCACACGAACACGAACACGAACACGCACACACACAUACACUAGAUAUUGCGAUUGCUAUCACUUAUGCCAGUGAAGUUAUUCUUGCAUUAUUUGUUUUUCUUUAUUUGGAUCGCUAUCUCUAUACCAAUAUUUUAAAUACGUAUAAUUUCUGACUUUGUUUGUUUGUAGGUUCUAAUCUUCGGAAAUACUGAUAUGAUCAUGAAAAUUCUUUUACCUACGAGAAGUUACAUCAUACACGAGUGACAUGGACUAUAAUAUAUAAAUUAAUUCUGUUAUCAGAAAUAAAGAUUUUCACCCGGUUUCUGAAUUGAGAAUCUGAAGUUGAGCACGUCUCAAACCAUGCUUAAGUCAUUUAAAAAAACUUAAGUUAUUGAGAAUAAUCAGUUGAGAUUUUAUGAUUUUCUCAAUUCAGAAAUCGGCCGUUAGUAUUAGUAUAAAAUUGGUUUUACUUUUUUUAUUUCCCAUGGAAUGAUCUAUUAUAGAUAUAUAUAUAUAUAUAUAUAUAUAUAUAUAUAUAUAUAUAUAUAUAAUAGAUCAUUUUCAUGGGAAUCGAACCUAAGCCCCUGCAGUAUCUUAAAUUAAUUAUAUUACCAUUUUCUGUUUCAGAGCAUCUGGUAUAUUCCACGUGCCCACCAACGAGAAUUCGCCAUACUCCCAAGGCUAAUGGAAUCAAUGAAAGCAACUACAUUGUUUUGUACCUAUGUAUCUAUAAAAUUAUACUUCCAUGUACCGCUUAUUUUAUUUUUGCAUUUUAUUUAAUUAUAUUAUUAUUUAAAACCGUACAUAAUUAUUAUUAAAAUUAAAGAUGUAUUUAUUUUCUUUAUGCCUUCUGAAAGAAAAACUAUUUUUUAUUAGCCUGAAAUGAAAAAAGACCAACACUCGUAGCAUGACGAACAAAUGUUAUUUUUCGGGUGCACCGGUACACCCAUAUAGGCCGAACAGACUCACGCCGAGAAAUCCCGAGACUCGUAUUCGUGAUAUGUUUCCCGCCUUCUCAUUCCUUUUAUAUUUAGAAGGCCCUGCGUGAAUUUGUUCG